AUAAGGGAAGUUUGACAAGUUCCACUCAGUUUCCCUCCUGGUCCCAAACUUGGAUUUCAACUUUCUACAAGUGGCGGAGAAAGUCCCUCUGGGCUCUCUUCUUUCUCUCUGCAACUUUCCAGCUAACGCUCCCUGAGAAUGGGUGACUGGAGUGCUCUGGGUCGUUUGCUGGACAAGGUCCAGGCCUACUCUACUGCCGGGGGAAAGGUCUGGCUGUCGGUCCUCUUCAUCUUCAGGAUCCUGGUUCUGGGUACUGCAGUGGAAUCAGCCUGGGGAGACGAGCAGUCUGCGUUCAAAUGUAACACCCAGCAGCCUGGUUGUGAGAACGUCUGCUAUGACAAGUCCUUCCCCAUCUCCCAUGUCCGCUUCUGGGUCCUCCAGAUCAUCUUUGUGUCAACACCCACACUCCUCUACCUGGCUCAUGUCUUCUACCUGAACAGGAAGGAGCAGAAAUUCAACAGGAAGGAGGAGGAGCUUAAAGCCGUGCAAAAUGAUGGAGGUGAUGUUGACAUCCCGCUGAAGAAAAUCGAGAUGAAAAAGCUAAAGUAUGGCAUUGAAGAGCACGGCAAAGUAAAGAUGAAAGGUGCCCUGCUCAGAACCUAUAUAGUCAGUAUUUUCUUUAAGUCUAUGUUUGAGGUGGGCUUCCUUAUUAUCCAGUGGUACAUAUACGGCUUCAGCCUGUCUGCAGUCUACACCUGUGAGAGGUCUCCAUGCCCACACAGGGUGGACUGUUUCUUGUCUCGUCCCACAGAGAAGACCGUCUUCAUCAUCUUCAUGUUGGUGGUGUCCCUUGUGUCCCUGCUGCUCAAUGUCAUCGAGCUUUUCUAUGUGUUUUUUAAGCGGAUCAAAGAUCGUGUGAAGGGCAAACAGCAGCCCAUGCUCUACCCCAGUGGAGGCACCUUGAGUCCCACCCCUAAAGAACUGUCCACCACCAAGUACGCCUACUAUAAUGGCUGUUCCUCCCCGACUGCCCCACUCUCACCCAUGUCCCCCCCAGGCUACAAGCUGGCCACAGGGGAGCGGGGAACCGGCUCAUGCCGUAAUUAUAAUAAGCAGGCUAAUGAGCAGAACUGGGCCAACUACUCCACAGAGCAGAACCGGCUCGGCCAGAAUGGUGGAGGAAGCACUAUAUCAAACUCCCAUGCACAAGCCUUUGACUUCCCAGAUGACACCCAUGAGCAUAAGAAACUGUCCUCAACAGCAGGACACGAGCUGCAGCCUCUGGCGCUGAUGGACGCCAGGCCCUGUAGCCGGGCCAGCAGCCGGAUGAGCAGCAGAGCCAGGCCAGACGACCUGGAUGUGUGAGCCCUGGUUCCUCCUCCCACCUCUGCCUGGCUGAUGGGAUGUGCGGGUGCAGCCAGAGAAUCAGGAAACCCUCAAUCACACGGGUUCAUAAAAGAGGUGGGGCUAACCUCAAUCACUGUCUUCAGCAUAGAGACUCUUAGUCACUCGAAGAGACAUUAAAACUUGUUAUGUAACACUGUCAAAGGUACAAGUUGCAAAUAUUUUUUUUUCUCAAUGACUUUUACCAUAACCUUUUAGUGGAGCUAACCCAGCUUUAAGCGAACAGAACAGCCACAGGAAAGGUGCAGAGGUGUGCCUUAAAACCAGUCACUGAUCAGUCUAAGAACAGAGGACCACACUGGUCAAAGUGACUCAUCUGGUUUGAAUUUGCCAAGGUUACAUUAAAGGACAAUUCUAUUUUCUUCUUGUUUUCAUAGUUUCUGCUAUUCUUCCUAUUGGUGACAGCAUUUUUACUUACCACUGUCACAGCUGGUUUCUGAAGGUAUGGUGACAGCUUUACAACAGGGUGCCUUCAUAGUUGUGUCUUAACAUGUGACCAGAUCAAAAUUAGCCUUCUGAGCUAACUCUGGUUCAUUUAGAGUUUUGUUUUGUUUCUUUUGAUUGACGAGCAUUGUCACUGACAAAUAAACUAAGAACGGAGAUUCCAGUCGGGCAAAUCUCAAUCUCCAUACACACGUCCCUGAAUUUAGCCAAAUUAUCUACACCAUACAAUGUAGAACUGAAAGAAUAAUGUUGCGUUCACAUGUAAUUAGGCAGACGGUAGGGACCAGAUGGACAACACCUUCUUAAAGGCACGGUCUGAUGGGACGGCAGCAAGGUAAAAGGAAACAUGUAUGAUGAUAUGCUGUGAUGGUGUAUUAUUUACAAGGAAUGGAAUAAAUUAUAUGACAUAUAACAUUUUUUAUGUAAUUUUUCUAGUAAUGGAACAUCUGGUUGUAAAUUCUGUCGGCAAAAAGUUAAAAUAUUUUACAUUUAAAUGGCAGUGCUACCUAUGGUCACCAUUGUUUGCCUCAAAUAAUUUUACUAUCCAGAUCUUGUCCACUAAAAUGAUAUCCUGUUUGCCAUCUACCAUCAUCCGAAUUCCAUGUGAAUGCAGCUGAAGUUGAGGGUGAACCAAACUAGAUUUCAGAUCUGCCACCCGAGAAUUUAAAGUACAUACUACUUUUUGGUAAGGUUUCCUUUUGGCUCAAAACCAACACAGAGUUUCUGUAGGAGAUGGGAUGUUUUUCUUCAUUGUUGAAGUCAUUCACUGUCUUCAUCCCCAAGAUGUAUUUCUUUUUCCACCUUAGCUCCUGAGAGAGGGAAGUCAUACGCAGUAGCUGUUUGAACUAAUGGUGUUGUUUUUCAGGUGAGGUGAGCCCUGUGUGAUCACUUGGUGCACUGUUAUAAAGCUGUGCAUAGCUCAUCAGUGAGGCAUUAUCAUAACCAACAGGAAUAAUAGCCAAAAGUAUGAAAUAGAAAAAUAAAACACAAGUUGCAACAAAACAUACACACACAAACAUGUUUGCAUUGACAGAAAGUUUAAUGGACUCUGCCACACUUGCAUUGCUUUGCUCUUACAGUCUGCUUGCAUAUUAAAGCUGCAUUUAUGUGUGAACACUAUUAAUACAUUUUCUUCAGUUUCCACUUACACCAGAACAUUCUCAUCUGAGUUCUCAAUUAAAAUCAAAUAUCAGCCACAACAAAGACAGGAAUUAUUGUCCAGACAACUAUAUGUAAAGUGUUUACCACUUGGCUCAACCUUGAUCUGUGACUUACAGGAAAGGUUUUGAGGAGAAUGCUUACAAUGAGUUGUAGUGAAUAUUUAUUGCUUGGCAUCUGUAGGACACCUACCACUAAGAGGAAAAAAAUUGACUACUAUCCAGUAUCUCUUACUCACAGAAAACAUCUUACAUUAACUCCCCACAAACUGUAUAUUUAUUGACAAUAAAAAACAUUUUUCUCUCUUUAGUAACUUUGUCAGUCAGCAUGGACUGUUGUUUCCUGAUAAACUUUGAAUUUAUGUGGUGUUAUGUUUUCAUUUUGUGGUUAUAUUUGUCUUUUUUGGGGGUGUGUGUGAGAGUGGCAGGGCUGAGGGUUCAGGCUGCUGUGACACAGCAAACUCUGAUCUGCUUUUAUGUGGCUUCCAUAAAGAAAGGCUUUAUUACUGUGUGUUAUCUUUUUUUUUUUAUCUUUCAUGGGCUGUAGAGAAAGACUAGAAUGAUUCUUUGUUUUACAUAUUUGAGUGAAUGAUUUUUUUUCGUUCGGUAGGUAUUGUUUUGUUUUUCAGACUCAAUGUAACCGUUGCUGCUUGAGAAAUAGAUAUUUAGUACUGUAAAUCAAGCUAACUGUGUCACAAUAAAAAAAUGUGAGUUUUUAGAAGACUGCUUAUAGAUCUGGACUAAUAUUUAGUCAGUUAUAUUAAAAUGUAUGCCAAUGUAGCUCCACAACUACCAAAC